AUGCCCAACGACAGUGGCCAUCCGAGAGAAACCGAGAUGAAGGGACCGGAUCAGCAGCUGACAUUGGACUCUGGAGAGAUUGAGAAGAGAAAAAGAGAAAAGCUUCCUAUUUUCUACAUCUUCUUCCUGAUUAUCAGUCUCAGAUUCAAAGUUUCUGAGGCUUCUGCAAAAGGCUGCAUCCUUAGUUUUAAGUUUCCAUCAUCUACAAAUGAUUCAAGAUGUGAAGGGGGAGACUGGGGAGGGUUUCUAUCAAGAAAUUGUUGUGAUACAGUCUUCCAAAAUUACCUCCAUGCUUUGGGGAUCCGGGCUAACCAAACAGGACUGGUAUAUUUGAAUUCAAGUGAGCAGAUGAGUUGUUUAGCUUCAAUGAAGACCUUCAAAGAAGAUGUCUUUUCUUGUGGGAUUGAGAAGCUGACCAAGGGUGGUGGUGAAUGUUCCGGAUACUCAGUUUCUGAUGUUAAAAACAAGAUGGGAGAUGAUCUUAGAAACUUAAGGGAAAACUGUGAACUUUUGAAUUCUGGGAGAGAAUGGGAUCCAUCAUGUGUUUCCUGUGUCAGAAGCUGGGAAGACAUAGAUCGAAAACAGUCUGUAUCCGUUGAUUCUGAGUCUCUGAAUGUUGAAAGCUAUAUCUGUAAGUUUGCAGUCCUUGUUUCCUUGACAAGUGGUAGGAUUGCUGAUCAAUCAUCUGCGAAACAAUUUAGCAUGAAGGAGGUUUUUGCUGCCACAAACUCUCUAAAUGAGCUAAAUUUCAUUGGCGAAGGAACGGCUGGAAAAGUUUAUAAAGGCAUGCUCCAAAAUCAACAGCAUGUUGCAGUUAAGCACAUAAUUAACGAUGGAAACAUAGAGACAUUUGUGAGGGAAGUUACAAGCUUAGCACACAUCAGGCAUCCUAACCUUGUUGCUUUGCUGGGAUAUUGUCUCAGCCAAGAAGAUUGUUUCCUUAUCUAUGAACUGUGCCCAAAUGGAAAUCUGUCAAGAUGGCUUUUUGGAAGGGAUAAGUUCCUGUCCUGGGUCCAGAGGCUUCAGAUUGCAGUUGGUAGUUCCAGAGGCCUUUUGUUUCUCCACACAUAUUCACAAGGCUGCAUUGUCCACCGUGAUAUCAAGCCGACAAAUAUUCUCCUCGGACCCAACUUUGAAGCUAAGCUUUCAGAUUUUGGUUUGUCAAAGGUCAUUGACUUGGGGAAGACGUAUGUGAGCUCAGAAGUGAGAGGAACUUUUGGUUAUGUUGAUCCUGAGUACCAAAACAACCGCCAAGUAAAUUCAUCAGGUGAUGUCUACAGCUUUGGAAUAGUAUUGCUGCAGAUACUGUCAGGAAAAAAAGUCAUCAACUUGGAUGCCAGCCAACCAAUGCCAUUAAGUAAAAUGGCUAGAGUCCUCACUAGAGGUGGCAGCAUAGCGGAAUUCGCUGAUCCUAAACUUGCAGGCGAGUAUCCACCAGAAGCUUUUGAUCUUGCACUUCAGCUAGCACUGUCAUGCACAGCAACACAGCAACAGCGGCCAUCCAUGGAGGAAGUUGUCAUAAGGUUAGAAAAGGUCCUUUACAUAUCAACAAAGGCAAGUGCCUCAACUCCUGACUCCACUCCAGAUCAUUCUUCUACUCUGUAG